ACAUAACGAGUGUUUCACCGAUCGGCUAAUUACAUAAUGAAAGAUAGUUACAGAUUUAAGAUUUUAACGCUGAAUUGCUGGGGCGUACCGACAAGACUUGCAUGUAAACUGCGAAAAGAGAGAAUUUCUGCCAUUGGUGAAACGUUGAAUAGAGGCGAAUAUGAUAUUGUUGUUUUGCAAGAAAUUUGGAAUCAAGAUGACUAUAAAACGCUUUGCAAAUUGACUAAUGAAAUGUUGCCAUAUAAGCAUUAUUUUUAUGGAGGGAUGAUAGGAACUGGAGUAUGCAUAUUCUCAAAAUAUAGAAUAGCAGAAACGAUGACUUGGCGAUAUACUCUAAAUGGUUCGUUUUACGCCGUUCAUCGAGGAGAUUGGUUUGGAGGAAAAGGAGUUGGACUGGCUAAAUUACAAAUUGGAGAUUAUCGACUACAUAUUUAUGGUACUCACCUUCAUGCUGCAUAUUCGGACACGGAUGAUGAAUAUAAAAUGGACCGCCUAUCUCAAGCAUUCGAAUUGUCGGAGUUUGUAAGAAAUACUUCGGCUGGCUGUGACGGAUAUAUUGUUUGUGGAGAUUUCAAUUACUCUUGUGGUCAAAGAGGCUAUGAGAUUAUUCGUGCUAAUGCUCGUCUUAAAGAUGCUUGGCUAACUCAACUCAACAAGCCGGAAGAUGAUAGCCAGGGAAUGACAUGUGACAAACCUGACAAUACAUUUUAUUCAGAUAAGAAAACGGUUCCGUGCCGUAUUGACUUUGUUAUGUACGGUAAUAACGGAGGCGUUGAUUUAAAGUGUAGGCAGUGUUUCGUGACAAUGCGUCAGAUUCCAGGGAGAGAUUACUACUAUUCCGACCAUGAAGGCGUCUGUGCCGAAUUUGACUUGUCCGGAAAUGUAACAAUGUCACCUACAUCAGCAUGUUCAAAAGAUGAAUUAACAAAACUACUUGAACCAUGUAUAAACUUGUGCGAGAAAACCGAAGUAGAAUUUGACAAGAAGAGGUCUUUAUCGAUCUACUUGUGGUUUUUUUGCCUACUCUAUUUGUUUACUAUUUAUUAUUUCUCUAUCGGGGAAUUGAAAUGGAUGCCCAUUAGUAUGUUUAUUGCACUUACUCGUUUUACAGGAAGUGUCUUGGCUUGUAUUUUACCUUGGUACUUCUUAGUCGUUUGUAAUUUUGAACUUGGUUCACUUCUUAAUGUGAAACUUAAUAUGAAGAAUUUAAUUCAAAGCUAUGAUUAA